AUAAAACUGUAUUUGGAAUUUUAAUAUGUAAUUAGUUUGAUUUAAAAAAGUUAUGGACUAAAUUGUCAAAAUAGAAUAAAUUUGAUUUAUAUGAAUACCGUCGAACAAGUUUAAGGAUCGGGAUGACCAUUUAGUCGAUAUUAUAAUAAUAAACGCGUUGUUUUGAAACUUUCCAACAGAAAAAACGAUCUUUCUUUUCUUCUUCUGCUUCCUGUCUUGUGAAUUUUGUUUCUUUUAAUAUUUUCUUUCUUGUUUCAUUGUCAAGUAUUUGAAAAUUAAAAACUUCCUUUAAUAUCAUCGCUUUAACAAAUCCAAUUUUUAGUUCAUAAUAAAAAAUUCCCAUCAACAUUAAACUUUUUUUCUAUUAUAAGGACCUGGUAAACCCCAUUUUUCAUCACCAAAGACAGAGUCUUUUUGUUGAUUAAUUCUCUGCUUUUCUUGAAUCUUUCUUUAAAUUUUUUUAUGCAUUAGUUUUGUAUUUGACGUAGAAUUUGUCAAUUCAAAUUGUUUAUAUUUAUGUGUUGUUUUUCUUCAGGUUUCUUUUAAAUCAUCAUUCUUGGAUUGUUUUUGGUGUUUGUUUGUUUGCAUAAUUUUGUUUAAAGGGUUCAUAAAUUUUAAAAGUUUUUUUUCUAAUUUUUUUGAUUUUGAUGUGUUCACUACAAAAUCAAACACCCUUUAGGGAAAAAAAGAAUGGAGUUUUAUGAUCAAAUAUUUGACAGAGAAACAAACAAGAACAAGAAGAGGAAGAGAAGAGAAAAAAAGAUUGUGAUCAAAUUUUUGAGUUUUUGUUGAAAGUUUUGUUAUAUUAAAUGGGAAAUAAUUGUGUUGGAUCAAGAGUUUCUGAUUCAAUUUGGUGGCUAACACAUCCAACAGAUUGCUUGCUUCACCAUCAUCAGCAUCAUCAUCACCAUGUCAAUAAUAAAGAAACUGUUAAAAGAUUACCUUUUAAUAAACCAGAACAAGAAUCUUCUACUUCUGCUUUACAGCCUCGAAAUCCGCCUCUCGAGCCGAUUAAUACGCCUCCCGAGCCGAUCAAGAUAGCGAAAGAGGACAUUAUUACUAAACCACCGCCCGUAUUGCCGUCCCGGCCGCCUCCGCCGCCUCCGUCGCUAAGACAGGAAAAACCGCCGGUACACGCCCCAUUGCCGCCAAAGCCGAAACCGAAACCAAAGCCGAAACCCGAACCGGAAGAAAAGAGUACUAUGCAUGAACAAGUAUUGGAGCAGCUUAAUGUACUGGUGAAUAAUCAAAGAGAAGAGAAAAAACCAGAUGUUGCUUCAAGAACAAGAAAGCCUCACAAUGUUAGAAGAUUAAGUAGUGCAGGGCUUCGAGCCGAAUCCGUGUUACGAACAAGAACAGGACAUCUAAAGGAACAUUACAAUUUAGGAAGAAAACUUGGACAUGGCCAAUUUGGUACUACUUUUCUUUGUGUUGAGAAAGGAACAGGAAAGGAAUACGCCUGCAAAUCCAUAGCGAAGCGGAAAUUGGCGACGGUCGAUGAUGUAGAAGAUGUCCGGCGAGAAAUUCAGAUAAUGCAUCAUUUGUCAGGCCACCCUAAUGUUAUAUCAAUCAAAGGAGCUUAUGAAGACGCCGUGGCGGUUCAUGUGGUGAUGGAAUUAUGCAACGGUGGUGAGCUUUUUGAUCGGAUUAUUAGGAGAGGCCAUUAUACAGAAAGAAAGGCAGCUCAGCUUACUAGAACUAUUGUUGGUGUUAUUGAAGCUUGUCAUUCUUUAGGAGUUAUGCAUAGAGAUCUUAAGCCUGAGAACUUUCUGUUUGUUAAUGAACAAGAAGAUUCGCCUCUUAAGGCCAUAGAUUUUGGAUUGUCAAUGUUCUUCAAGCCUGGGGAGAUUUUUACUGAUGUUGUUGGAAGUCCAUACUAUGUUGCUCCUGAAGUUCUGAAAAAGCGGUACGGUCCAGAAUCAGAUGUUUGGAGUGCUGGAGUCAUGAUUUAUAUUCUCUUAUGUGGAGUCCCUCCAUUUUGGGCUGAAACCGAGCAAGAAAUCUUCGAAGAGGUAUUGCACGGUGAGUUGGAUUUUACGUCAGAACCAUGGCCUCAUAUCUCUGAAAGUGCCAAAGAUUUAGUCAGAAGAAUGCUUGUCAGGGACCCGAGAAAGCGAAUCAAAGCCCAUGAAGUUCUUUGUCAUCCUUGGGUUGGCGACGAUGGGGUAGCUUCAGACAAGCCUCUUGAUCCUGCAGUCUUAAGUCGGUUGAAGCAGUUUUCUGCUAUGAACAAGCUUAAGAAGAUGGCUCUAAGAGUUAUUGCUGAGAACCUUUCGGAGGAAGAAAUUGCAGGAUUAACCGAAAUGUUCAAGACGAUAGAUACAGAUAACAGCGGUCAGAUUACUUUUGAAGAACUCAAAGUAGGACUCAAAAGAUUUGGUGCAAAUCUCAAUGAGUCCGAAAUUUAUGAUCUAAUGCAAGCGGCUGAUAUUGACAAUAGUGGGACAAUAGACUAUGGAGAGUUCAUAGCAGCAACAUUAAACAAAGUUGAAAGGGAAGAUCAUUUGUUUGCUGCAUUCUCAUACUUUGACAAAGAUGGAAGUGGCUAUAUCACUCUUGAUGAACUCCAACAAGCUUGUGUUGAAUUUGGCAUGGAAGAUGUUCAUUUAGAAGAAAUGAUUCAAGAAGUUGAUCAAGAUAAUGACGGUCGGAUAGAUUACAAAGAGUUUGUGGCAAUGAUGCAGAAAGGGAACAGUGAAAUGAGUAAGAAUGGAUUAAAGGGUAGAAGUUUAGGCAUUGGAUUUAGGGAGGCACUCCAAGUUUGUUGACAGAUUGGUCCAAAUUAAUUAGUUUUGUUUUCUAUUUAUAAUAUAGAUUUCUUCAACCAAGUAAAUACUAGACAUUAAUUAAUGUUUUGGUCUCAGGAGUUUAGUGUGUAUAUACUAAAUAUGUAUACCAUCUGAUUCAAAACACAGAUUACUAUUCCUAAAUCAUAUUUCAAAGUGAGUUUAUAUA